AUGGAAGGAAAGUUAUUGCAAUUGGCCAGAGAGAACUAUAGAGACUUGAAGAAGGAGUUUGAGGUAUUGUUAUCAGAGAAUAUUCGGCUCAAGAAUCAGAUCACUGUAUGUUUUUUGAAGGAAUUACUGUUUCAAUGUUAAUAUAUAUGUAAAAUACGUUUAUAAUUUGAGGCUUUUUUAGAAAUUAUCAGAAAACGAGCAGUCAUAUGUGAAGAAUGUGAUGAAAGAUGUUGUUCAUGACAUUGAAGUAGAGAAGAAGAUGAGAGAACACGCUUUGCAGGACUUCAAAGUAAGUUUUAUAGAUAAGAAUAACGUAAUGUAAAUAUUAUAAGUCUACUUAUAUAUAAACAUAUACUUUCACAUUUAUAUUUUUCAGAAAAAUACAGUGACCAAUAUACGAGAAAUGUACGAAGAUACGAUAUUAAGGUUGUUAUCUGAACAAAAGGAGGAUAAGGCAAAGCUAGCCAAACAUACUGAUGUGGUAAAGGAAAAAGACGAAGAAAUAGGAAAACUAAAGGAAGCUCUAUACCAAUUCACACACUCUUUACAGUAA